UGUCGUGAAAAUAGUGGAUCUUGAAGGCGAUGAUUGUGGGUUGUGUUGAAUGUUAUUGUUUCCAAUUAACUGCGGAUGAUAUUGUUCAUUUUAUAAAAAGUAAUAUUACCACAAUAUGUCAAGAUCAUUCUUGAACAAAUAUGUUUUUAAAACGUUGAAUUUUCUUUUUUUCCAUUUUUAAAUUGUGUUAAAACAUGGAAGCUAACUGUCAGCCAACUUGCACGCCAACGAAAAAUUUGACAGGUCUCUCUGGUCCUCCCAAUGAACACGAAGAUCCUUAUCCAAGUUUAUCAGAUUACCAUGACUAUGAACCAAAUUUAGAAUUCGAUGAUACUGAACUUCAAAAUGCUACCGGAGAAGCAGCUCUGGAAGACAAGACGGAGGUUCUGAGUGGUGGCUUUGAUUACCUUGAGUCGCCCGUCUCUGAUGGAACUAUUGAGGAGAAUUUCGAAGAAGAGCUUGUUGAUGCACCGUUUGGUUCUGAUAGUCUGACGUAUCCGUUUCUGGAAGACGAGGAGACCGAAGAGGAUUUCCGUGAUGUUUCUCGUCAUGGAAUCGUGGAAGUGGUCGGUGACGACACGGCUGGAAGGAGAAUCAUUGUUGUGUCUGCUUGUAGACUUCCGUCGAAUAAAGAGCUUGAUCAUAAACGAUUACUCAGGUACCUUAUGUUCACACUGGACAAGUUUGUUGAACAAGAUUACACACUAGUAUAUUUCCAUUAUGGGCUGACUAGCAAAAACAAACCAGCAUUCUCCUGGCUGUGGCAGGCGUACAAAGCUUUCGAUAGGAAAUAUAAGAAAAAUUUGAAAGCAUUAUAUCUUGUUCAUCCGACAAAUUUCAUCAGAGUUGUGUGGCAGAUAUUCCGCGCUGCAAUAAGUGCAAAAUUUGGCCGCAAAGUAAUGUAUAUCAACUACCUCCAUGAACUUAGACAGCAUCUGAAUUUAGAUCAGAUGAGCAUCCCAUCGCCUGUUUUAGAGCAUGACGAGCGGAUAAUGUCAAAGGUGAGCAGUAAAACUGCGGCGGCGGCGGCGGCGGUAGCGGGGGCGGCAAGCGGUGAGCAUUCGGGGAGUGGUGGGGGGCAGGAGGUGCCGCCCCCUCCCACCCAGCAGUUCGGAGUCUCGUUGCAGUUCAUCAAGGAGAACAACGGAGGCCAAGUCAUACCGCCCAUUGUACAGCAGUGCGUCCAAUUUCUAAGCACUCCCGACGCUCUGGAAACGGAAGGAUUGUUUAGAAGAUCUGCAAACGUGACUGUUGUGAAGGAGUUCAAGAAUAGAAUAAAUCAGGGCUUACCGGUCGACUUCGCCGAAGAUGUACAUAUCGCAGCUGUCUUAUUGAAAACGUUCUUAAGGGAACUAGAAGAACCACUGCUCACUUUCGAACUGUAUGAUGAAAUAACUCAAUUUCAAAGUAUAGCAAAAGAUGAGCGGCCUCGCCAAGUGAAAAUUCUAAUAUUAGAAAAGCUACCAGAAGAUAAUUAUCAAGUUUUGAAAUAUAUUGUAUUAUUUCUUUCAAAGGUAAUGGAUAGAUGUGAUUUAAAUAAGAUGACAUCUUCGAAUUUGGCUGUAGUGUUUGGACCGAAUCUUGUUUGGUCGCCAAACCGGAGGCAAAUCAAUCUGUCAUCGUUCGGCCCGAUCAACAUGUUCACUGACUUUGUACUCAUGCACCACGAUCAAAUAUUCAUCAUCUAAUCAUCUUACUCGAAUCUGUUGAGAUGAUUUUAAUCCUGGCAUCUAAACAUAUUAUCAAAUGCGUUUAAAACAUCUCAAAAAUGUUCUUACUCUAACGAGUUUCAUUCAUAGAUUUUAUUAUAAUUAUUGAAAAUUACUAAAAUCCCAUUAACAAGAUGAACUGUGAGUGUAGCUCGAGUCAUUUACCAUUAUUGACUAUAGCUCAUUCCAUUGAAUCUUGGAAAUUAUUUUUCUAUACGUAUUAUAUAAGAAUCUGUAUUAGUUAUAUGUUCUAUUAAAAUUUGGAUCACACGUGAAGAACAAUGCAAAAUAAAUAUAUAGCAUAUUGACUGAAGUAAAACUUCAAACGAACUAUUAAUAGGUAUCCAAAUUUUAAUAAAUAAUGUAAAUUGUCAUAUUGGUGUUUUGGUUGAAUCCUAACUAGUUGAUCAACAUUUCGUCGCAAUGCACAACUUUCAACUUGUUUGAAGAUUAUUCAGUUUUUAAUGGUGUUAAUUUUCCAAAAAUGUGCGGUUUUAAGAAACUUGAAACAGUUGACUCAAUUAAAAAUUGAUCUGUAAUGUAACUUGAGAUUGUAAAUUCAAAUUACUUGUUUCUUAAUAAGUUUUCAAUAUAAUUAUAAUGUUUUUACUGAGAUAAUUUAUGGAAUGAAUGUAAUGUUUUAGUGUUUUUUAAUGUUUGCUAAACUUUCAUCACUAUUGGGAAAUGGUGACUAACUGUUGUGUUGGUUUGUUACUUUCAUUCUAGUCACUUGCUAUAACGUUAUUCUUUCAUUACAUAUUUCACUACCUCGUUUAUUCUAAAGCUAAUUUUCUUCGUUCAAAUCUUCAUACAUCACAGUUUUCUAUUCACGUUUUUCUCUCAUGUCUCUUGAAUGCAUUCUCAUCAUUCACUAAUAUUUAUAUUCAAAUUACUGAAAUGUCUCAUUCUUUAAAAGAAUUGGAUAUUUCAAUUAUAUUCUUUGUAAUGUCAUCAACUAAGCUUUAUAAACUUUUGUCAUUUCUUGAAAAUGUUGUUUGGCAUUUGUACAAUGAAAUUGCGUUAACUGUUGAUAUUUUCUGUGUCAUUGUUUUUAAGUAUCAUAAUAAUCUCACUAAAAAGGAAUCUACGUAUGUAUAAAUAAGAUGGGUUUGAUUUAUGGUUGAGGUAAACUAAUUCAAUUCGUUGUUCAUGUCUACUGAUGUAUAGAGAGCUAAAUGCCAUCUGCAAAACAUUCUCUUGAAUAAUAUGAAAGUGUCAUUUUAUUAUAUAUUAUACUAUUUUUUCAAUUGAAUAAGAUUUAUUGUUGUAGUUUUCUAGCUAUUCAAUUCAGCCAAUCAAAUGUAUUAUUCCAUUUUCGAUUUCAACAUGAAAUAUUGAUUUUAAAAAAUGUUAAUUUCAUUUAAGUGAUAACUCUAAUACAAAACUGGAUGUCCUCGUGCAUCCUUGAAAAGGGUGAGAAUUUUGUAUUACUUGAUAUGAUAAGUAGAUUACUAAUUUCAACCUUUCUAUUUCUUAUUCAUUUCCAUCAUACCAGUUUAUUAAGUCCACCCUAAAUCUCUUGUAUAAUCUCUCUUUAAUAAUGCAAUAAAAGAUUUGUUUCCAAUUAAUUUUUGAUGUUAGGAAAUCUAAAAAUAACAAUGAUGCACUUGAUGAUUUUUAUACAUUCAACAUCUUUUCCAUGAAGUGAUUCCAAAUAUAUCGUGCCAAAUAACUUUGCGUAAUUGAUCUUUAAGCUUAGACUAGACUUUCCUGGCCUAUUACAUUAUUUAAUUAAUUUUCACUGAUGUUAUGGUAAGUAGAAAAGAUAAUUGUGUUUAUUACUGGAGCUCAUAACUAUUUAUUUUGUCCUAAAAUUUGUACAAUUUCAUGUUCAUGACAAGCCGCGAAUAUUGAUUGCAAAACAUUGUUAUACAUUUGUUUACAAUGUAGUGAUUAUUUCCUAUUGGUGUUUCCUAUUGAAAUAAUGUUCUCUAUCGUCGAUCUAUAAUAAUUGUACUUAAAGCAGGGCUGACGUCCUCGUCUAAUGAGAAAAUGUACAAAAUUAAUUUUAACAAACUCAAAAGUAUUGGUUUAAGUGCCAAAGUGUCAACAACAUUUCUUUACCAAUUUAAUAAAUCUCACAUAGUAUACUUUCUCCUUAAACUUAAUAAAAAAAGUUGAAUUUUGUCACAGUAUAUCAUCAUAAACCAUUGACGUAUCAGUAUUUCUAGCUGGUAUAUCAUUGUAUUUUUAUACUUUUUCAUAUUCCCUAAUGUGAGUGACCAGAGCUCAAAUUGUCAACAUAUUUAUUAUUCAACUUACUAAAAUAGAUACCGUAAUCAUUCCCCAACUGAAUGUAGAAUAACAUUCCUUUAUAGUGAUUCACCAUUUGAAGGUUUUUCGAACCUUAAAUCUUCUUAAUUAUUGCAAACUCAUUUUUUGUUCAUUUUUAAGAAAAUUUUUAAAACGAUUCUUCAUACAUUCCUUUGAGACGUGCUCAACUUAAUAUUAAUGCCAAUAAUAGUUCCAAUUCUAUCUUAUUUUCUUCUCAUUAUUCCAAGAAUUUCUUUUCCAGACUUGUGAAAAGUUGAUUAUGUUUUCAAUUGAGAUUUUUGUUAUCAAGUUGACAGUAAGUAAUUCAAAUCAGUUUUCCAUUAAUGGUAAACAAUUAAUUAUAUAUCAUUGAAUGUUUCCAACCAAUUGAAUGCGGGUGCCCUAUUUAGUGAACAUAUUCGUCAAUAAAUUAGUACUCUGAAUAUUUCAGAUAAAUCUAUUAAAUCAGAAAUUCAUUUGUAACAUUAUUCCCCAUCGUGAAUAGUUUGCUGAUUUUUAAUGAUCAUCAAAUAUUAAAUAUAAAGUUUGAGCAAUCAUUUUUCUGAUUUUAAUUGAGCGACCAAGAAAGAGUGAUUUUCUUCGACUUGGUUAUAAUUUCAUAUUCUGCCUUAGAUUAUUAAUAAUUAAUUUUUAUAAAUUGAUAUUUAUGCUUAAUCUGUGAUUUUUUUAUUCAUUUCAAACAUUAUCUACAAUCAUUCUACACUAAGUGUGAAUUCACAUUACAUUUACAGAGAAGGAUCAGAGUGCUGCUUAGGUGGCAAUUAAAUUUGUUUAAAAUUGUUAAUUCAAAUUGAGUUGAUUUUAAUUAACGUUUUGAUUUUUAGUUAUGGCCCUAAUAUUAUUUCACACAACAAGUGAUUUGUUAAUACUACCAAUAUAAUAUUUUUUCAAUAUUUUAAUAAUUUUUUAUCAAUUUACCUAGUAUUCUAAUACUGUAACUUUGAAUUAUUCAACUCAAACUGUAGGCUAUAAUUCUUGAUAUUGGCCUUAUAUUUCAAUUUCUUAGCAUCCGCUUUCUCCUGAAAGAUUUCAAUCCUCUAGUCCAACUAUUUUUUAUUUAUUGGAACCAAUUCUUUAUUUAUUAAUCUUUGUUCAAUUUGUUUAAAACAAAAAUUAUGUAAAUUAUUUCCAUCAUUUGACAAAUUCAAGGGCUUCUACUACAUUCUACAUAUUACUUAUAUUUUUUCUACUCAGUAUUAUAUAUGGUGGUAGAAAUUAUGCACUUAAUAAGAAUUUACUCAUUAAAUAAUUUAACGUAAAAAUGUGUUUUUCAAAAGAUCAAACUUGGUUCUAUGAGAAUGGCAUCUCUACUCUAAUAUUUUUUAAUAAUCUUCAAGGCACAAAAUAUAAAUUUCACAUGAAAAUUCCAUGAUAGAGUUUUUCUCUUGUAUGUUAUGUAUAGACAUCUAUUUUCAUUAUGAUUCCUUGUGAAUUAUAAAUACUUUAUCUCUAUGAUAAACUUUAUUCAUUCUAUUUCUAUGAUAACAUACCAAAGAUAACAUUCAUUGAUAAGUAGUUGAGACUAAUCACUGUUACCAAACGUACUAGCUAUAAUUACUACUAAUCUUUUCUCCUGUACCUAUCUAAAAUCUGAGCCAUGAUUGAAUAUUACUCUUUGCAUGUAAGGUUUUUUGGUUGUCUGGGAUGUGAUAAUAAAUAAUAUUUAUAUGUUCAAUGUCCUGAGCAAAAAGUAUUGGUUACGUUAAUCUAAUAAUUAUUAUCUACUCAAUUUUAUAAAUUUUCAAGAAAAAACUAACUCUAGUCUUUUAAUUGCUUUCUUUCUAUUCAAUUUAAAUUAUUUAUUGAAGGUUUCAUUUUUGAAAGUAUUCAUAGAAUUUUGUGUGUGACACCCUAAUUUUUUGCGAACAUCACACAGCAAGACGGUGUCAAUUAGUGUAGGCUGUAUAAUUGAUUUUAACUUCUCUAAUAAGAUGUAGUGAUGCAAAAGUAGCAUUUGACACAUGACCAAAAAUAAUACUUUCCAUUCCAAUUGAGUUAUAUUUGUUGUAAUAAGUGGAUCGUAUAACGCUUAAUUACUGAAAGAAAGAAAAGCAUAUAAUAUACAAAUAUAUAUUUAGUGAGAAAACCAUUGUAAAUAGGUGAACUAUUGAUGAACUAUACUUAUGUUUAAAAAAUAGAAUCUUUGUAUUGAUAUAUUUAUAACGAAUCUGUAAUAAUUUAGCUUGAAAUGAACAAUGAAUUUAAUUAAGAAAUGAAAAGAACAUAAUUUUGUAUUUCGUAGAAUGGUUUAAGAUUCCAGUAUGUAUAUAAUACAAUUUAUGAUCAUGUUAAUAUCACUGUUAUAGUAAUAAAAUCACAUUCUUUUAUUGUA